UCGCUCCGUCCUCCCCCACUUUCCCAACGCGCCGCCAAGAGGGUUGACUUCCUUCUGCGGCGGGACCACGACGUGGGAUUCACAGGAACUAACCUUUAAGCGUUUCUUAGACCUGAGAUAAAGCUUACAAUUAAUAACAAUCGUCCUUCAGAAUGACAAAUGCGUGAAUUUUUUUUCUCCGCCUCUCUUUUUAGUGUAUUUCAGACUACUUUUCAGCUACAUUGCGCGUAAAUAAAUGCGUGGUUAUUUGUGAGCAAAUCCAAAAAGUGCUUUGACUGUUGACGGUGUUAUUGGAGUAUUAAAAAACAAAGAAACAAUGGAGCGAGUUCCCAGCGCGCAGCCGCCUCCUCUGUCCAAGCGCCAGGCUGAUCUGUCAGACGUGCAGGGGAUGGAUUUCCCUAUGUACGUGUACAAACCAAGGCGGGGAAUGAAGAGAGGAGAGGAAAGCAAGGAUACCUACAAGCUGCCCCACAGACUUAUUGAGAAGAAGAGACGAGACAGGAUAAAUGAAUGCAUCGCUCAUCUAAAAGAUUUAUUACCCGAACACCUGAAACUCACCACGCUGGGCCAUCUGGAGAAGGCUGUGGUUUUAGAGCUUACGCUCAAGCAUGUGAAAGCCCUCACCUCCCUCCUGGAGCAACAGCAGCAGAAGAUCCUCGCUCUGCAGAGUGGCAUGCAAAUUGAUCAGCCUUCUGUCAGCCAGGAGAAGUCAGAGGAGAUGUUUCGCUCUGGUUUCCACAUGUGUGCGAAGGAGAUUCUUCAAUACAUGGCUAGUCACGAGUCUGAGGGAGACUUAAGGCCAUCCCAUGUAAUCAACCACCUUCACAAGUUAGCUGCAGAAGUACUGCAGAGUCCCACCCGACCCCGCACCCCCAUCAGUCCUCGCCCUGAGGAGAUCCCUGCCUAUCACCAGCAUGAACUUGACAAGGAGAUUCCCACCAGCUCGCCCUCCAAACCCACUGACGGCUACAGGAAGAACUGCGUGCCUGUCAUCCAGCGGGCGUACGCUCUACCGAGCAGUGAGCAGAGCGGCAGUGAUACAGACACAGACAGCGGCUACGGGGGUGAGCUGGAGAAAACUGAAUCCGGUGUGCCCCAGAGACGCCCAGAUUACUACGGUCAGGAGAGCCAGCAAAAACGGCCGGCGGGUGACAGGCAGAGCUCCAGCAUCAAGCUGGAGGAUGACGAGCCACGCCACAAACGACCCCGCAUGGAGUCCUCUGAGGACGAGUUGCUCUCAGGCGGGGAAUCGUCUUCUUCAUCCUCUAGUGGUUACAGUAGUUACAUGAGCGUUUCCCCCAACCACCCACCUCCUCCACGACACCCUCUUUGCAUGCCAUUCUACCUCAUUCCACCCUCUGCUGCAGCCUACCUGCCAAUGCUGGAAAAAUGCUGGUACCCAGGAGCUAUGCCCAUGCUCUACCCUGGCAUGGGAGGCUCUUCACCCACCAUACCCAGCGAAAGACCAUCCCCACCUCAGCUAGUGUUGUCCCCCCGGGGAGGUUCUCCAGCCCCAGCCAUGUCCCAGACCCCCAUGGACUCUCCCGCACUCCUUCAGGCGCUAAAGCAAGUACCACCCCUCAACCUGGAAACCAAAGAAUGAGAGAUGAUGGAACAGGAAGGGAUUCAAUCGAGCUCUAGUAGCGGGAGGCAGAGUCAGUAGCAAGACGGAGAAUAAGACUGAGCUGUUCCAUAAUACAUAAUCACUCAUCUCCUUUUUUUUUUUUUUUUAUUUUAAAUCCUCAGUUUGGAGGUUAAAAAGCUAACAGAGGGCUUGUAGAAGUGAUCCCAGAGGCAGGGGCAGCAGCCGACCAUACUGAGAGGGAUGUGAAGCUCUGGUUGAAUGUUUAAAGCUCAGUGGUCCUCCCCAUCACACAUGUAUUGUAUAAACCGCACCUGUUCUGCGCGCGCACACAUUGGUUGAAUGUAAAGUAAGAAAUGUUUUCGAUGCUGCUGUUGAAGUGUAAAUGCAGAUAACGCUGAUGCAUCUCACUCAUAGCUGUUGUGAAAAAACACGCCAUUUAGAGGCUUUUGCACCAAAUUAGGAGUAAGAAGUUAGCCAAAGUUUGUCAGCUAUACCCUUUGCUCACCAUUCUGAUUACUGAAGACGCCCCUUUAACCAGAGAUGACGGCAACUGCCGCAAUAAAAUCAAACAUGUUCUUAAGUGUGAACACACAGGGGUGAGGGUACCACAUGGCCAAAGUGAAUGAAUUGUCUUUUUAUUUUAUUUUUUGAAAGACAUACAGUUGAAAUGGAUUCCUCUAAUUAUUGUCCAUAGACUUCUUGUACAUUUCUAUUUUUGAUACAUGUUCCUGCACUUUGGGUGCUAUGUGUGUGGACAAUUUUGUGUACUCAGACCAUGUACAUUCUGUAGCACUGUGCUGGACCUCGUCUGCAUACUCAACAUCUGUUUCUGCUCAAGUCAAACCCGGUGUUUGUUCUUGCUGUUGCCUUUUGUGAAAAGUUGAUAAAUCUCAGAUGUUUAUUCUCUGUAUUAUGUAAGAAUACUGGAGUCACAAGAAGUAAGGAGUGGAGAUGUGAAUGUAAGUUUUACCAGAAGACUAGUUUUCUAUAGAGAGAGGUACUUAAGAUUUUGUAUUUUGGGACCUAAAGAAAGGUGUUUGAUGUACAUAUUUUGUCUAUAAAUGUUAUAUAAGUGUAUUAAUAAAGUAUUUUUCCUGUGGAAA